UCGUAAUGGAACAAGAUGGGGGUCGUAACUCUGAUACUGAGUAACGUGGGUCUCUUUUGUGCCCCAGAUUGGCACCUUCUAACCAUGACCCGCUGUCAACCCUGCCGAGAACGUCCGGGAAAUGACGACUCUAGGGCUAUUCUACAUGAUUCUUGGGCCAACGUCUAGGGCCAGUCUGGGCUGGCUUCGGGCAGUGUUCAAACACUACUCGAAUGUGGUGCUCUCGAGACAGCGUACCUUCAUAGUCGACGGUAUGUACGGUCUUCUCCUAAGUAUCAAAAGGCACACAUGGUACAAAGAAAUCCAUAAACACACCGAACCAAAUCACUCUAUACAUGAAAUGAGCGGGUGUGAGGUGCAGUGGGAGGGCUCAUGUAAGACGGUACGAGAGCACACGAGAGGAGGCGCUCGAUGUUUUGAUCAGUGAAGGAGAACGCUCAAUGCAAGUAAGAGGGCGGCAGAUGCAGGAGAGUGGUAGCAGACAUGAGAAGGCAGCAGGAAGGGAGGGCGGGAGGUACGAUGGUGAUGAGCACAUUAAUAUUACAACUCCGCUCGAACCCAGCCG